CGUUUUGGCCGGGAAAGUCCCGUAUUUUACCCUUCUUUCCCGGCGUCCUCCCGUAUUAGUAUUUUCCCGUAAAUCUCCCGUAUUUUAACUUGCGUUAUUAAAAAAGAAUAAUACCCAGAGUAAAAAAAAACAUUCCCAUCUGAGCUCUGUCAUAGCCUUGCGAUAACUGCCACCUGCAUACAGGUACUGUAGGUGGCAGUUGUCGCGAGAUUAGUGUUAAGUUCAGAUGAUGAGUGACAACGCGGGGGGUAAACAAACACAGAGACAACGCGGGGGGUAAACACAGACGGAUGAUGGACGCUAGUACGACAGAGACGGAAGGCACUCCUGCCAAAAAACAAAAACCCUCAUGUAAAUACCGCGAUCAGUGGGACAGCGAAUUCACUUUCCUGAAAAGGAGCAGGGUGGGGGACAGUCAUGCGUUUUGUAGAUUUUGUAUUUGCAACUUUAGCAUCUCACACGGGGGAAGGAAUGAUGUAUGUCAGCACGAGAAAUCCGCCAAGCACAAGCGCGGGAUAGAGGCACAAAAACAUUCACAGGCAAUGUCAGCAUUAGUGGCGAGAAAUGCCACCGAGGCAGACCAGGUCACACGUGCAGAGGUAAAAAUGGCAAUGCUAUGUGCCAAAAACAACAUUCCUUUCUCCUUCCACGACGACUUCAACAAGUGUGUAGCUGACAUGUUCCCGGACUCCGCUAUUGCAAGAAAAUAAUACGGGAAAUACUAAGGCUACUCAAAUCAUCAAAGGUGCCAUAGCAGCAGAACUAGAGGACGAGUUAGCUAAAACAUGCCGAUCUCAGCCCUUUUCACUGAUGUGCGACGAAUCAAACAACCGGAAAACAGACAAAGAAUUUGUCAUCUUGACUAGACUCUAUGAUGAGGCCACAUUGCAGGUCGCAACAAGAUUCCUGGAGAUGCCUAUAUGCAAUGUAGGAAAUGCAGAAAAUCUCUAUGACAAGCUUAAUGAAGCAUUAAGAAAAAGAGGCAUCCCAUGGGAUAACUUGAUUGCCUUUAAUUCUGAUAAUGCAAGUGUUAUGAAAGGGCGACAUAACUCUGUCAUCAGCCGACUGAAGACCAGCCAGCCCCAUGUCCAAGACCUUGGCUGCAUCUGCCACCUGGCACAGCUGGCCACUGGCUGUGGCAUCAGAGCAGCCAAGGUACCAGUGGAAGACAUCUUGGUGGGGAUAUACACCCACUUUGAUAAAAGUGCAAAAAGAUGUGAAGUCUACAAAGAGUUUGUAGACUUCACUGAUUCAGACCACCUGAAACUCCUCAGGUACUGCAGCACCAGAUGGCUGAGUCUGUUAACCUGCAUCCAGAGGGUGCUGAACCAGUGGGAUGCACUACAGGCCUACUUUAACAGUCAUGAAGAGGUGGAGAAGAGUGUUAAAGUGCGUGAUCUGGCAAGCCAUCUGCGUGAUCCAAUCAUGAAGACCUACUUACUGUUCUUGAGUGCUGCCCUUAAGCCUUUAUCUGACUUUAACAUUGCCUUCCAGUCAGAGGGAGUACAAAUUCACAGACUUGAGGAGGAGAUGUGCAGGCUGAUGAAGAGGAUCCUGGGCUACCUCAUUCCAGCCAGAGCAAUCGUGGGUGUACCUCUCAGGGAGGUGGAGUAUGGAGAGGGGCAUCAGUUGGCUGAUGAAGAUCUCUUUAUCGGAGCAGACACAAAGACAUUCAUGAAAAGCGCUGAGUUCCCUGUGUCAGCCGAAAAGAAAAUCUUUCAAACUGUGAGAAGCUUCUAUGAAGCUGUUCUUAAGAAGAUGUUUUCUUCCUUUCCCUUCGACAAUCCACUCCUGAGGGACCUGAAAGUGCUGGACCCUGCAGCUCGUCUUAACAUUACCCCAGGGACAGGUAGAUUAUAGAAACAGUUUCCAAUAGGCUUUAUGCCCAGCUCCACUACUUACCCUAGCAACCACCCUAGCAAUGGUCAGACACACCUGGAUUAAUCAGUUUGUCCAAUAAUGUUAGACACGGAAAAAAGGAGCUGGCUUAAAGCAACACCAAAGAGUUUUUUUUACCUUAAAAUAACGUUUCCAAAAAAGUUUCAGUGGUUCAUUCACUCAAAACAGGGUGAAUGGCACUUUCACAUUCGCUUUGCAGCCCUCUAUCGGCCAAAACCGCACUAAAGAAGUUUCCAACCGUUGGGUAGUGGUCCUGUAGUAUGAGUGAAAACUACAAAAACUUGCUUUACGGCAGACCUACAAUCCAACCAGAGCCAGCUAUGCUGCAGUAUUUACGACAGUGGUAAUGAACAAUUAUGCUUCUAACCUGUAGGGGGAGCAAAGAGCAAAAACUCUUUAUUGUUGAUUUAAGUUCAGGAAGUAGUGGAGCUUUGCAUAAAGCCUGUUGAUGUUAGGUAAGGCAUUUUUAUUUGUACAGCGCAUUUUUAGAAACACUUUGUUUUUAUCAUAACAACAUCUCUGGGCACAGUUCCCCAUUGAUAACCAAACAAAUAAUUGGCACAGUAUAACACUUGUUUAGAUCUGCAAUGUUCAGUCAAACACAUGUUUUACUUUACAGUGGAAAGGUUAAGGGCCCUGUUCCCUCAGUUGAGGCUGAAAGAGGAUAAGAUGAGAGAGGAAUUUACAGAUUAUCAGGUGACCGAUAGUAAGGAACUCCCCCAAGAAGACAGAAUCGACAGGUUUUGGGGCCUGUUAGGAAAGGACAUGAGGUUCAGUGAGCUGCCAAAACUCAUAAAGGCUUUAUUAUGCAUUCCCCAUAGCAAUGCAAGUUCAGAAAGGGUGUUUAGCAUGGUACGAAAGAUUGUUACAGAGAAUAGGAUGACGUUAGACAACAGAACUGUUUGCGCUCUACUCUCAUGUAAAAUUAACCACUCUGGCCCAGCGCACAAAUACACUCCUUCCAAAACAGUCCUAAAGAAUGCAAAGUCUGCAACACAUUUGUACAAUAGCUCACUGAAGGAGUAAAGAAAAGUUAUGUAAAAUGAAAAGAAAAACUGUAAAAGAAAAGCAAUAUGAAAUAAAAAAUAAAAUGUGUGGAAUGAAAAUAAAAUGUAAAUGUAAUGACAAGUUAAAUGUACAGAAAUAUGUCAAUAAGUCUUUAAAUAAAUGCUCUUCAUAUAUACCCUUUUGUGU